CCUCAGUUCACAUAGUACGAUCAACUAGACAACCACGUCGAUUGCAUGACAAGUCAUAAUGCCAUCACAGAAGGCCCAACGUGCUGUGACCUACACAGGUUGCUGGACUUGUAAAACUCGCAAGGUCAGGUGUGACGAACACCCAAUUGCCUGUAAAAACUGCGUAAAAAGAGGAAUAACAUGCAGCGGCUACGGUAUCAGACUGCGUUGGGUAUCAGACUCGGUAACAGAUGCCGAUUCAAGCCCAGUACUUCAGGGGCGCAGGCGCAUCAAGCUGGGUCGAGAUUUUAAGGUCUAUGAUGCUGAAACCAUCGAGAAGUUUCUUUCAAAUAUCGACCAACAUGUCGAUCAUGGGUUGCCAUCUUGUCAUGGGCCAUUCUCCGCCUUCAUGACUACACGAGGCGAGCCAGAUCAAGCUGUGACACCGACAACAUCACGUGGGCUUACGUCGCGGGCGGCAGUAGCUGCGGAAGCUCACUCAUCAGGUGCUAUAGGUUCCCCUCAGCUUGCAGAUCCAGGAAUCCAUGAAGAAGGACUGCAAAGAGAUGACAGUGAAUUGGCACUAAACUCAGCCAUAUGGCUCCCAUCAAACCUAGCAAUUUCGCCAUCCUCUUCGGGUCCCGCGGACAUUGACGUUCUGUUUGAUAUCAACGCCAUUGCAGAUUCAUCGUCAAACGAGUACGAAAUCGAAGCUAGCCUGGUAGCAGGGCACGAUGCUGUUGGAAUUGGCGAAGAAAAUGCUCCGUCAUUGGAAACAUCUCCUGUCUCGUACAGGGGUAACAACAUCAUAGUACGGCAACUUGACGAUGUCCUGUCUGGUAGCCGUCAACAGGAUUACUUGAUUAAGCAUUACUACAUUCAUGUGGCAGCAGUUCUCCUUCCUCUGAACCAUUCUGACAACCCGUUCCGAAGCCUCUAUUUGUCUACAGCGAUGGAGGGGUUGUUCCGCCAUAACUCGCACACUACCACAUCGAGAGAGAUAGCUUGUACUGCACUCUAUCAGUCUUUGUUGGCAUCCGCAGCGUACCACCGUUGGCAAUGUAACAAGCAAGAUAGUAUCUAUCAUGAGCUUGGGGCCAAGUAUCGAACCAAUUCCAUCCAAUUAUUACAACUUGCACUCACACAAACGCCACCGACGGCAAAUUACCAGGCACUGAUGCUUGCAGUACUGUCCCUUGUUACAAUAGGCGUUUUAUCAGGUGAAUGCGACGACUUUCGUAUGCAUAUUCAAGCUGCUACACAGCUCCGUAGUCUACGGAGUCCAUGGAGGCUAUUAAGCCGUUCUUCCAGACGACUGAACGAACUCGGCGCUUUUUUAGCCCUGUUGUCAGAAACGACAUCCUCUGAGCCCUCGCUGUCUCCCUGGGGCAAUAAGGAUGAUAGGGCCAUCUAUGAUUGUUCAACUCUGCACUCCAGUGAAUGUUACGCAUUCACUUACGGCAUUACACCGACCAUCACGCUAGCUAUUAAUGAAGUGUGCCGUCUUUCUAAGAAUCUUACUCGCUUUCAAUUAGAGAGUAAGAGCUUACCUGAUGAGUUUCUAGAAGCAUGUGAAGACCUGGGUAGCAUACUUGAGGCUUGGCGAUUAGAGGCUGAAGAUACCACAGCCAUCUUUACUGGCGAUGGAAUUAGUUCUUCUGUUUUCUCUCAUUAUGCCAGGGGAUGGCAUGGAGCUGCGCUGAUCUACUACUACACCCGCAUACAAGGGAUUAAGCGCGCGGAUCUCACACGGGUGGUUGACGGCGUGGGCGAGCAUGUGAACAACGCUGAAGAUUUAAAAUCAGUGAUGGAUAAUACUCGGCAGGUAAUUUCUAUGGCGCCAAUUACGUGGCCGGCGUUUAUUGCAAGCUGUAAUGCCAUAAGAGGGCGACGUGGUGUAUGGGAGCGAUGGUGGAAGCGAGUACUAAGGUAUAAGUUGGGUAACGUGAGCAAACAGUGGGGUUUAGUUCAGCAAAUAUGGGCCAUACUUGACGGGGCCGAGAACCAAGGGAUAUGGUUAAGUUGGACUGAUGCCUAUAAUAUGGCUGGUCUUGAUGUGCUGCUUGUGUAA